CGAAUGCUUUAUAAUAAUCUACGAGUGGUGUGUCAGAAGAGGAAGAAGGGCGAAGCGUCCUCCAUCUUCUGGAACAACAGUCAGACCGAACGAACGGAGAUUAAGACAAACAUCCGCAAUCAUGGGAGCUGUUCUGGGACUGUGCUCCAUGGCGAGCUGGAUCCCGUGUCUGUGCGGCAGCGCCCCCUGCCUGCUGUGUCGCUGCUGCCCGAGUGGGAAUAAUUCCACAGUGACUCGUCUCAUCUACGCCUUCUUCCUGCUGCUGGGAGUGGGAAUAGCUUGCAUCAUGCUGAUGCCUGGUAUGGAGGGUCAUCUCAAGAAGAUUCCAGGUUUCUGUGAAGGAGGCGUGGGAUCGUCUAUUCCUGGUGUGGAGGGUCAUGUGAACUGCGAUGUGCUGGUGGGGUACAAGGCUGUUUACCGUGUCUGCUUUGGCAUGGCCAUGUUCUUCCUGCUCUUUUCCCUGCUCAUGAUCAAAGUCAGGAGCAGCCAGGACCCCAGAGCCGCACUGCACAAUGGGUUCUGGUUCUUUAAGUUCGCUGCAGCCGCUGCCAUCACCAUUGGAUCUUUUUUCAUCUCAGAAGGUCCCUUCACCACUGUGUGGUUCUACAUGGGCAUGGCUGGCGCCUUCUGCUUCAUCCUCAUCCAACUGGUUCUUCUCAUCGAUUUUGCACAUUCCUGGAAUGAGUCUUGGGUGGAAAAGAUGGAGGAGGGCAACUCUCGCUGCUGGUAUGCAGCUCUGCUGUCAGUCACUGCUGUGAACUACCUGCUGUCUCUGGUGUCUCUGGUCAUGUUCUACAUCUACUACACUCACUCUGAUGGCUGCACCGAGAACAAGGUCUUCAUCAGCAUCAACAUGCUGCUCUGCAUUUCAGCCUCCAUCAUGUCCAUCCUGCCUCAGAUCCAGGAGUCUCAGCCGAGGUCUGGUCUGUUGCAGUCCUCGCUCGUCACCCUCUACACCAUGUACCUGACCUGGUCCGCCAUGACUAAUGAGCCUGACAGGAAAUGUAACCCGAGCCUUCUGGGUAUUAUUGGGCUGAACAGUACCAGACCUGCAGGUCAGGACCAGGUGGUACAGUGGUGGGAUGCCCAGGGCAUUGUGGGAUUGAUCCUUUUCCUAAUGUGUGUCCUGUACUCCAGUAUCCGUAACUCCUCCAACGCUCAGGUGAACAAACUGACUCUGACCACUGAUGAGUCGGCUCUGAUUGAGGACGGGCCACAGAGCGACAGCUUUGAGGAGAGCGGAGGCCUCAACAGAGCUGUGGACAAUGAGAAGGAUGGAGUUACCUACUCCUACUCCUUCUUCCACUUUAUGCUCUUCCUGGCUUCACUCUACAUCAUGAUGACGCUCACAAACUGGUACAGCCCCGACUCGAACUAUGAGGCUAUGACCAGCAAGUGGCCGUCAGUGUGGGUGAAGAUUUCGUCCAGCUGGAUCUGCAUCGCCCUCUAUGUGUGGACUCUGGCGGCUCCACUGGUCCUAGUCAACAGAGACUUUGACUGAAACACACAAACUGUCCCACUGCUCAUAUGCACACUUAUGCUCUGUUUUCGCUCAUGUCUAGUUUCAGUAGAACAGUAGGUAGCUAAGCGUGUGCCAGUGGUCAUUGGAGGGGGCGUGGCUGUUGUUGUUAGGUGACUGCAUUGAGGUUUCCUCUAACCACAACUCUGUCCCAUCCAGUGUACUGUCAGUGUUGUAGUGCACCCUAGUGCUGUUGUAAAUAAUUCCUCCUGUGUUCCUUUGCUUUCUAAAUUCCCACAGCUGCAUGUGUUUCCUUGAAAACUUGAUGUGACUUUAACGUUAGCUUUAAAUAAAGCUUCUACGAGCAGCAGCAGGAGGAAGGCGUUUGUUCAGUGCAUGAACAGAGAGCUUGAACUUGUAGUAUUACAUUUCAAAAGUUGUUACAUGUAAAAAAGACAGGAAGAGUGCUGUUGAGAGGAAUGUAUGUGUGCAGCUACCAUAGCUCCAUCAGCUGCUCUGUGUAGCAUUGUGUGUGUUUGUGUGGUAUUAUAGUUGUCUGCUGUUGUGUUCGCCAGCACAUACACAAAAAAACGUGUCAAUUUGCGUUGAAUUUUGACUGAAAGUGAUUCAAACUAAGUUAUUUCCCAGUGUUCAGACUUAGCAUGUAACUCUUCAUAGAGAUUGUGAUUAGACAGUAUAUUUGUUUGAUUGUCUCUUCAUGUGCUUUUAUCCUUCUAUGAUUUUACUCUUGAUAUGAAAAAGUAUGUUGUAACUGGGUUAAUAAAACAGAUGAAAACAA